AUGGCCACACGGAACGACCGCUACAACAAGCUCUCGCCCCAGGAGCGCCGCGCUGGAGAAUCGGCUCUUAGCGACUUUGCCGACUAUGUCCAAAAGCAGCAAGCCAAGCGCCGUCAUCCCCAGGAUCAGGACUCUGCCUAUGGCACUCAGUCGGUCGUCACGACUGAAGAACAUGCCGAGCUCGAUAUUCUGGACUCUCUCAACCUCAGUGAUGAGCCCGCCACCCUCCCACUAAAACACCUUUUUCUUGACAAGUCUGACGAUGCUGACGAGAGCCUGAGCCUCUUGACGGGCUUUGUCAACGGCCGACUCGAAGAAGGUCAUGGAGAAGCCAUGUUCGACCUUGGUCUGGAAGACAAUGGAGAUUCCAUGAACUUUGACAAGAAUGAUUGGGACUUUGCUCUGGCUAGACUACACACUGUCACCGAAUCAUUAGGCGCCGACUACCAAAUACUCAUGACUAAAAAUGUUGGCGGCGACAACGAUGUUGAUGUCAGUCCUAAAGAGAAGGCAUGCAGCGGAAAGUUGAUGAUCAGGCGGCGGCCCAACUCAGUCGACAAUGUCAUCGAGACUCGAAUAGCCGUCGUCGGCAACGUAGAUGCUGGGAAAAGCACAAUGUUGGGUGUUCUUGUCAAGGGAGGUCUCGAUGAUGGUCGUGGAAAGGCCCGUGUCAACCUGUUCCGUCACAAGCACGAGAUUGAGAGUGGAAGGACGAGCUCGGUGGGCAUGGAGAUCAUGGGAUUUGACAGCAAGGGCGAGGUCGUCAUGGCCUCCACUGCUGGUCGCAAACUCUCGUGGGAAGAGAUUGGUAGCAGAUCGGCGAAGGUCAUCGGCUUCACCGAUCUUGCUGGCCACGAACGUUACUUGCGCACCACAGUCUUCGGCAUGCUCAGCAGUGAGCCCAACUACUGCUUACUCAUGGUUGCUGCCAACAAUGGCCUUAUUGGCAUGAGCAAGGAGCAUUUGGGUAUCGCUCUCGCCCUUAACGUACCAGUCAUGGUGUGCAUAACCAAGAUCGACAUCUGCCCGCCGCACAUUCUACAGCAGACCAUCACUCAGCUGACCAAGAUCUUGAAGUCGCCUGGUGCAAGAAAAAUACCCAUAUUCAUCAAGAACAAGGAGGAAUGCAUAAACACCGCCACCCAGUUCAUCAGUCAGCGCAUCUGCCCUGUCUUCCAAGUCUCAAACGUCACCGGCGACUCGCUCGAUCUUGUUCGCACCUUCCUCAACAUCAUUCCCCACCACGGCCACUACGAUGCCGAAGCUCCCUUCGAAUUCCACAUCAACGACACCUUCUCGGUGCCAUUCGUUGGCACAGUAGUUUCUGGUGUCGUCAAGUCUGGUGUUGUACACGCCGGCGAUACUGUAUUAGUUGGUCCUGACGGGCUCGGCAACUUCACGACGACUAGCAUCAGGAGCAUCGAAAGGAAACGGAUAGGUGUUCCUGCCUGCAGCGCUGGUCAAAGUGCCAGUUUUGCCCUGAAGAAGGUUCGCAGAAAGGACGUACGCAAAGGCAUGGUGUGUCUGCUCAAGAACGACGAGCAGCCACCUAAGGUCCACCGCGAGUUUAUUGCCGAAGUUCUCAUUCUCAGCCAUGCAACAACCAUAAAGACAAAAUACCAGGCUAUGCUGCAUGUAGGCCCUAUAUCCCAAACGUGUGCUAUAAUCGACAUCGAUAGAGCAUAUAUCAGAACUGGCGACCGCGCCACCGUAGCAUUCCGGUUUGUUCAGCGUCCAGAGUUCCUCGCUGUGGGCGAUCGUAUACUGUUCAGAGAAGGCAGAACGAAAGGACUCGGUAUCGUCAAGGCUGUCGGCUACGAUCCAACUAAACCGCUCAACCCUGAUGCUGGCAAACAGAAGGCGGCUACCACCACCGAGCCUGCAGUUGCCCCCGCACCUACCCCUGCGACUGCAUAA